UUAAUAAAUCUUGUGUGGUGUAAUUGUUUUGCAGGUUGCAUUGAUUUAUCUGCUAAUAGUGUUCAUUAGAGAAAUAGUGCAACUUUGUUCUCGAGAUUCAUCUUGUAUUGUAUUCGAUUUAGGUGCAUAAGACACGCUUCAGAUAAUUGAUCAAAAAGAGUUGUGUGCUUAGUCAUGGAUUCUUUGUGGAAACUUUUAUAUUUACUUGAGCCUGCCCCGCUUACUCUUAUACUUACGGCGGUGGCUGUGACAUUUGGAUCUGCAUUUUGUGCUCUGAAUUAUGGGAAAGAAAUGGAACGGAAUCAUGACUUGUCAGAAGCAUCAAUUACUCUAGAUAAGUCCCAAGCACUAAUGAUCCCAAUAAUGAGCUCCUGCAGCUUACUUCUGAUGUUUUACCUUUUCUCUUCUGUCUCGCAACUCCUGACCGCAUUCACAGCAAUUGCAUCUGUUUCAUCCCUAUUCUUCUGUCUAUCCCCUCACGUGCCUAUUGAAGUCACAUUUGGUUUGGCUGACCCAUUUGUGUCUCGGUGUUGUUCAAAGUCAUUUACCAGAAUACUUGGCUUACUGUUAUUGGCAUGCACCCUCACGGUUGCAUCUUGGCUUGUUUCAGGGCAUUGGAUUUUGAACAAUUUGUUAGGUAUCUCCAUCUGUAUUGCAUUUGUCAGUCAUGUGCGUCUUCCAAACAUUAAAAUAUGUGCGAUGCUUCUAGUAUGUUUGUUUGUGUAUGACAUAUUCUGGGUUUUCUUCUCUGAAAGAUUUUUCGGGGCCAAUGUCAUGGUGUCAGUAGCAACACAACAAGCUUCAAACCCAGUUCACACUGUUGCUAAUAGUUUGAGUCUCCCUGGCUUACAAUUGAUCACAAAAAAACUAGAACUGCCUGUAAAGAUUGUUUUCCCAAGGAAUUUGUUGGGUGGUGCAUCCCCUGAUGGGAGUUCAGCUGACUUCAUGAUGCUUGGUCUUGGUGAUAUGGCCAUUCCUGCCAUGCUGCUAGCAUUAGUCCUCUGUUUUGAUCAUCGAAAGAGUAGGGAAACAGUAAAUCUUUUAGAUUUACAUUCCUCAAAGGGGCACACAUACAUAUGGUAUGCUCUUCCUGGGUAUGCUGUUGGACUGGUAACCGCCCUUGCAGCUGGCAUUUUGACUCACUCACCUCAACCCGCUCUUCUUUAUCUGGUACCUUCAACGCUGGGACCUGUAAUUUUCAUCUCGUGGUUAAGGAUGGAGCUACUUGAAUUAUGGGAAGGAACCAUGCCGAGUUUCAAUGACAAGGCUAGGCAAAUAGAAGUCUGAGCCGCUUCUCCUUACGGCACAAGCCCCAGUUAGGUUGCGUCGUGUGACGGUCCAUGGAACCUUUUGGCUGUAUAUUCCUUUGGAUGUUCCGUCGACGAAAAGUAUCGUAAUUUAUCAACAAUUCAAUGUUUCACUUUAUGAAAUCCGACUUUGUCAAUAUAUUUGCCCAAUGAAAGCCAGAAAACAAACUUGGCGAGCCUAGCGUUUGAACAAGAAGCAGAUUAGUAGAC